CUUAUGCUAGAAGCGCGAUCUUCAACCGGCCGGUACUUCGAUUUUCCCCCUUUCAUUUCCAGUUUUACUCGGUUCAUCUCAAGUGAAAAUGGCUUCCGUCGCGGACGCCUCCGCCGUGGCAUCGGAUGCCGCCGCCUUUGGCUUGGUCAUCGGCUCCACCGUGUUCGGUCUCAUCUUCGCCGCCUUCUUGUUCUGGCAAGUGUCUAAGAUCCAAGUGACCCGUCGUGGCGAAACCUAUGCGUUGUUGUCCCAAGAAACCCGCGGCCAAACCGCUGACCGCUUGUACGAAAUCUACAUUGCCAUCCAACAAGGUGCCCAAGCGUUUUUGUUGGCUGAAUACACCCUUUGCCUUGCCUUUAUUGCCGUGUUUGGCUUGGUCGUCUUCGUGUUGACCUCGUACGUCAACAAGGCUGAACAAACCUUCGACUGGACCUUCGGUGCGUUGACCGCCACUGCCUUCGCUGUGGGUGGUUUGACCUCCAUCUUGGCUGGUUACGUGGGCAUGAUGGUCGCCGUGUACUCCAACGCGCGCACCACCGUGUCUGCCAUGAAGGACGGUGCUGCCGGCUGGCAAGAUUCGUUCAACACCGCUUUCCGUGCUGGUGGUGUCAUGGGUUACUCCUUGACGUCGCUCGCGUUGUUGGUGUUGUUCAUCUUGAUCGUUGCCUUCGAAAACGUGUACCCUUUGGCCACGGAUGCCAAGCGCCUCUUUGAAGCCGUUGCCGGUUACGGUUUGGGCGGUUCGUCCAUUGCCCUUUUCGGCCGUGUCGGUGGUGGUAUCUACACUAAGGCCGCUGAUGUCGGCGCCGAUCUUGCAGGCAAGGUCGUGGAAAACAUCCCUGAAGAUGACCCGCGUAACCCCGCCACCAUUGCCGACAACGUCGGUGACAACGUCGGUGAUGUCGCCGGUAUGGGCUCGGAUUUGUUUGGUUCGCUCGCCGAAUCCACUUGCGCCGCCCUUGUGAUCUCCACUCAAUCUGCUGCCAUCAUCAAGGCUGGCUGGGCCGCCGUGCUCUUCCCCCUUGAAAUCACGGCCAUCGGUAUCUUUGUCUCCGCGUUCACCUCGUUCCUCGCCACCGACUUGUGGCCCGUGAAGAAGGAAUCGGAUGUCGAAACCGUGUUGAAGGUCCAGCUUUUCGUCGCCACCACGUUGAUGACUGCUUUCACCUACCCCCUUGCCAAUGCCGUGUUGCCCGCUUCGUUCGCGAUCGGUGCCGACUAUGUUGCGACCCCCUUGACUGCGUUUGCCUGUGUGUCCGUCGGUCUGUGGGGCGGUUGCUUCGUUGGUUUCGUGACUGAAUACUUCACCUCGCACUCGUACACCCCUGUGCGCGAAGUGGCCCAAGCUUGCGAAACUGGUGCCGCCACCAACAUCAUUUACGGCCUUGCCCUUGGUUACAAGUCUGCCAUCAUCCCGAUCACCAUCAUCUCCAUCGCCGUGUACGUGGGCUUCCACUCUGCCGGCAUGUACGGCGUGGCACUCGCCGCCCUUGGUUUCUUGGGUACGCUCGCCACCUGCUUGGCCAUUGACGUGUACGGUCCCAUCUGCGACAACGCCGGUGGUAUCGCCGAAAUGGCCGAACUCCCUGCUGAAGUGCGUGACAAGACGGACGCGUUGGACGCCGCCGGGAACACCACCGCCGCCAUCGGCAAGGGGUUCGCCAUCGGGUCCGCCGCGCUUGUGUCGCUGGCGUUGUUCGGUGGUUUCGUCACGCGCAUUGAAGAAACCUCGAUCAACAUCUUGUCGCCCAUCACGUUUGCCGGUUUGUUUAUGGGCGCCAUGUUGCCUUACUGGUUCACGGCCAUGACGAUGAAGUCUGUCGGUGUUGCCGCCAUGGAAAUGGUCAAGGAAGUGAAGCACCAAUUCGCCACGAUCCCUGGUCUCCUCGAAGGUCUGCCCGGCCACGGUCCCCCGGACCAUGCCCGUUGCAUCAAGAUCUCCACCGAUGCCUCGCUCCGCGAAAUGAUCGCGCCUGGUUUCUUGGUCAUCUUGUCGCCCAUCCUUGCCGGCACCUUCUUUGGCACCCACGCUGUGUCUGGCCUGUUGGUCGGUUCGUUGACGUCGGGUGUGCAGCUCGCCAUCUCGCAAUCCAACACGGGCGGCGCUUGGGAUAACGCCAAGAAGUACGUGGAGAAGGGCUGCGUGUCGAUUGAAGACAAGGACGGCAAGUUGAUUGUCCAAGGUAAGGGCUCGGCCAUCCACAAGGCGGCCGUGAUCGGCGACACUGUCGGCGACCCGCUCAAGGACACUUCUGGCCCUGCUCUCAACAUCUUGAUGAAGCUCAUGGCCAUCAUCUCGCUCGUGUUUGGUGACUUUUUCAAGGGCAUCAACAACGGCCGCGGCUUGCUCAACGUGCCCCAAAACUAAAAUCGCGUCGGGCGAUACGUUGUACAGCACGUAUAACACCACCAGCUUUGCUGCUGCACCAAGAGGUGUGCAAUUUUGUCAUGUUAUAAUACACACGAUAUAAUGUACAAAUUUGGUUGACUUUGAUGUUGA